UAGGAAGCAGAUACAGAGCUGAUGAGAGUGAGGUAGCCGGUUUUGGAGAGAGGGCUGCAGAGUUUCUGGCAGAGAAGAAGAACGGAGGAGACGGAUUGCAGCUUGCUGGAAGCCAAGCAACAUCGCUCAAGGGGAAUUGCUCAGACAUGGUUGCAAAGCUGGUAGCAAUCCUUACCGUCGGAGUCCUCGCCGGAGCCCUUCCGGGGCCCGUGCUGGCUCAGAACUGCGGCUGUGACGCUGGCCUGUGCUGCAGCCAACGGGGCUACUGUGGAACCGGCGAUGACUACUGCGGCACCGGCUGCCAGUCCGGUGCGUGUUUUACGACGCCUAAUAGUAAUAUCCCGGUGCCCGUUGUUGUGACAGAGGGAUUCUUUGAUAGGAUUAUUGAUCAAGCUGAUGCGAGCUGUGCCGGAAAGAACUUUUACACCCGGACGGCGUUUCUGGAUGCUUUGAAGUCGUAUCCUCGGUUUGGCACGGAAGCUUAUGUUGAUGAUUCCCUCUACGAGAUAGCAGCCUUCUUCGCACAUGUCACGCAUGAGACUGGACACUUUUGUUAUACAGAGGAGGAUAACGGUGCCUCGAAGGACUAUUGUGAUGAGACCGAUACAAGGUAUCCAUGUGUGUCCGGGAAGGAUUAUUAUGGUCGUGGGCCGAUUCAACUAUCGUGGAACUACAACUACGGAGAAGCUGGGGAGAGCAUUGGGUUUGAUGGCUUGAACAAUCCUGAAAUAGUAGCAACCGAUGCUAGCAUAUCAUUUAAGACUGCCUUGUGGUUUUGGACGAGCUAUGUACACUCUGUCAUAGGCCAAGGGUUCGGUGCGACGAUUCGGGUUAUUAAAAGUGAUGAUUGCAACGGGGGAAACACUGCUGCUGUCAAUGCCCGUGUCGAGUAUUUUACAGAAUACUGCAAUGAACUUGGUGUUUUGCCCGGGGAUAAUCUCACUUGCUAGUUCCGGGUGUAAUUAAAAAUUAGCUUUUGCCAAUUAUGUUGUUUCAAUCUUUAUGAUUUUGGACAUUUUUCGAUUGAAUAUAUAUAU